GGCUGGGCUGGGCUGGGCCUGGCGGGUUUGUGGAUCGCACGGCCGCCUCCUCCUCUCCCUCUCUCUCCUCCCUCCAUUCCUCCCUCCCGCCCCACGGGCCUCCACACCAACAUGGCGGCGGCGAACAACCCGCGCAAGUUCAGCGAGAAGAUCGCGCUGCACAACCAGAAGCAGGCGGAGGAGACGGCGGCCUUCGAGGAAGUCAUGAUGGAGCUCACCAACUCGCGGUUACAGGCCCAGAAGGUGCACCAGCUGCGCCUGUCACAGACGCGGGGACAAUACUACGGCGGCUCCCUGCCCAACGUCAACGCCAUCUCCAGCAACGCCGCCGACUUUCAGGGCCCCUUCAACCUGGGGUUGGACUCGAACCGAGGAACAAGGCACCACGGACUGGUGGAGAGGGUCCAGAUCGCACGGCUCACCUCCCCACACAGACGGCAGAUAUCCUUUCACAGCCUUCCUUUGCUUGCAGCGUUCUCCACCUCCGUCUUGCCCCUGGAUGACCUUCUGGAUGAGGACAAGACUCUGUCUAAAGCGCCCUGGGACACCCAGAAGGUGCAGAGCGGCCUGUCUCGUCCAAAGUCCUGUGAAGUGCCCGGCCUUAACAAGGGUGGCCUGCUGUUCCCCGAGGCCGGGACGCUGUUUGGGCAGGAGGGCGCGGAGGAGACGAUGGCCUGGUCACCGCCCGCCCAGCUGAGGGAGGGACUCCGGGGCUCGCUGCCGGACCUCACCAACCUGCACUUCCCCUCGCCGCUGCCCACGCCGCUCGACCCCGAGGAGGCUGCGUACGGCAGCGGCGGAACCGGCAGCACGGGCAACCUGGCCGGUGCCCGUGGCCGUCUGGGGCUCUGCCGGUCCCCGCGGGACAACGCCGACUACCCGCCAGCGGGCUUGUCCUCCUCGCUCCAAGGGUCGCUCAGCUCCAUGUCGCUCCAGUCCUCCCUCAGUAACCCCUCCCUCCACUCCUCCCUCAACGCCUCCUCCUCCCUCCACUCCUCCCUCAACGCCUCCUCCCUCCAGCCCUCCCUCAGUAACCCGUCGCUGGCGCCCAAGCCGGGCCCCGUCGGCGCCUCGCCCCGCAGGCGGGGGGCCCCCCUCAACCCCCUGGUCCUGUCCGCUGCCGACUCCAGGAGGGGCCACGCCAAGCAGUUCUCGCCCACCAUGUCGCCCACUCUGUCGUCCAUUGCACAGGGCAUCCCCUUGGAUACCAGCAGCCUCUCCGACCAGCGGUUGCCCCCGUAUCCCUUCUGCCAACAGCAGGCCUUUCAACAGACGGGAUACCCACAAUCUCAGCCCACCCAGCAGACGGCGUUCCCACAGUCCCAACCCGCACAGUAUCCGCCACCCCACUCUUCCCAUCAAACAGGAUAUUCCCAAUCCCAAUCCUCACAACAGACAGCGUACUCGCCAUCCCAGUCCCAACAGACUGCAUUCCCACAAUCCCAGUCAAACCAGCAGGCAAUAUAUCCACCAUCCCAGUCCCAACAAACAGCAUUCGCACAAUCCCAGUCCCAACAGACAGGUUAUUCCCAAUCCCAGUCCCAACAGACAGGUUAUUCCCAAUCACAGUCCCAACAGACAGCAUUCCCACAGUCCCAGUCCCAACAGACAGGUUAUUCCCCAUCCCAGUCCCAGCAGACAGCAUUCCCACAGUCCCAGUCCUCCCAUCCGACACAGUUGUCGCCAUCCCAGUCCGCCCAACAGACAACGUUCCCACCAUCCCAGUCAAACCAGCAGAUAGUAUAUCCACCUUCCCAAUCCCAGCAGACAGCGUUCCCACAAUCCCAGUCCCAGCAGGCAGCGUUCCCACAAUCCCAGUCCGCCCAUCAGACGCAGUUCCCACAAUCCCAGCAAAACCAGCAGAGAACGUUCCCACAAUCCCAAUCCUCCCAGCAGACAGCGUUCCUGCAAUCCCAGCCCCAGCAGACAGCGUUCCCACAAUCCCAGUCCCAGCAGACGGCAUUCCCACAAUCCCAGUCCCAGCAGACGGCGUCCCCACAAUCCCAGUCCCAGCAGACAGCGUUCCCACAAUCCCAGUCCCAGCAGACGGCGUUCCCGCAAUCCCAGUCCCAGCAGACAGCGUUCCCACAAUCCCAGUCCCAGCAGACGGCGUUCCCGCAAUCCCAGUCCCAGCAGACGGCGUUCCCACAAUCCCAGUCCCAGCAGACGGCGUUCCCGCAAUCCCAGUCCCAGCAGACGGCGUUCCCGCAAUCCCAAUCCCAACAGACAGGCCACCAUCAAACAGGUUACCAGCAGCUGGACUAUCAGCAGACGGGCUACCAGCAGAAGUUGUUCCAGCAGAACUUCCAGCAGCAGCAGCCCAGCUCCCAGACAACACUGAGUUACAAGGAGCCAGAGGGGGAGCGGCUGCAGGAGGGGCCGUGUCCACCGGGGGCUCCACUGCUCAACAAGCACAACCUCUUCUACUACAGCCGCGUGGGGCCCAUCCCCAACAUCAUCCUCACAGGUAAACCCCCCGUAGAUUCACCGCCCGGCCUCUCCAAGGAGAUUGCCAGCGCCCUGGCGGGGAUGCCGGGCUUCGAGAUGGACCCGCACUACCCGCUGGACGAGGGCCUGGGGGAGCCGCUGACCCUGGCCAGCCUGAGCAUGCUGUCCGACCCCGACCUCAGCCUGCUCUCCGACCCCGACCUCGAGGACGGCUUCCGCGCCGACCGCCUGUAGCCCCCCCCC